GAACAAAGAGAUGAAGCCAGUCCUGCCUGAGAUUCCUAGAGAGGACUUGGAAGGGCUCAAGCUGUACAGCCUAAACGGCAUGCGCGGUGCCAGGCGCUGGGCGAGUCGCAGAGAGGCUAGUCGCUUUUAAGCGCCCACUCGUUUUUAGGGGUGCGUACCCUCGGAGGGUUUGUGAGCUCAUUAGAGGCUCUGGCCGCGAUUGCUUUCCUCUGUGGACGAAGCCCAGCCCUGAUCGGGGCCUGUUCGCCGGAUGUGCGCCUCCGAUUGAUUAUUGAAGAGCCUCUGAGGAUUUCUGGGUAACUAAAGAACCUAGAUUAAGUGUGAAGAGAAAAUAAUUAUAGUGGAUAGAGCACUGGAUUUAGGAAAACCUGACUUCAAAUCCCACCUCAGAUACUUGCUUUUGUGAUUCUAAGAUAUUUGGCCUCAAGAUGUCAGAAGACUUUUCUGACCCAGUUCCAGAGGAGCAGAAGGGAGUUUUGAAAGUGAAAGAAGAAGAUCAUACUUGGGAACAGGAAUCCAGGCAAACAGAAAACAACGGCCUUACCCAGGAGAUCUUUCGACAGCGUUUCAGACAGUUUUGUUACCAGAAGACAACAGGGCCCCGAGAGUCUUUGAGCCAGUUAUGGGUACUUUGCUAUCAAUGGCUGAGACCUGAGGUACAUACAAAAGAGCAGAUUCUGGAGCUGUUGGUGCUAGAGCAAUUUCUGACCAUCCUGCCCCAGGAGCUCCAGGACUUGGUGAAGAAGCGUUUCCCACAAAAUGGAGAAGAAGUAGUUACUAUGUUGGAGGAAUUGGAGCAACAAUCGAAUGAACCUGAAGAGCAGAUUUCAGUUCUUGCACAAAGACAAGAAGAAGACUCAGAGGAGACAGAGCUUCAAGGAGCGUCCCAGGAGCCACAGAGCCUCCAGCUGAAGUGUGAAUCUCAGGAUCCCUAUCCCCUUCAAGAGAAUGCUGUCCCUGUUUCGCAAGUUUCUUCUCAUCACCAGGGGGAACUCCUUAGUGACCAGACAGUGGUAUCAGUUGUUAAUUCUACUCAAUCCCAGACAUCAGUGAAGACUGAGGAAGAAACCCAGUUCCUUGUUUCAGAAGAAUGGCAAUGUUUUGAUCCAGCUAAGAAGAAUACAUAUGAGAAUGUGGCACAGAAGAAUUUUAAGAACCUUGACUUGCUAACUGGCGAGAUCCUGAUUAAAGAUGAAAUGUUGCUUCCAAAGAAGGAAAUUUCUAAAGAAAUAGAAGCACAGGAAGAAGUCUCUAGUGUACUCAAAAGAGAUUCACCUCAGAUCCUUGUUGGUCCUCCUGUACAAACUGAAAAAAACAUUGAAUUUUUGAAUACUCUUAAAAACCGUAAUCCUGGGGACUUAUGGUCUAGAAUGCACAUCUCAUCAAUGGAAUAUGCUGCAGGUGAUAUCACCCGGAAAGAUAGGAAAAAAGACAAAGCAAGAGUAAGUGAAUUGCUACAAGGUCUUACAUUCUCUGGUGAUUCUGAUGUUGAUGAAGAAGAUGAAGUUGAGACACACCCUGCUAGAAAGAAGCAGAAAGUAACUACUAUUACAGAGAAGAAAUGGAUCAAAAGAGAUAUUCAGCCCAAUUUUCCAAGUUGGUCAGCAUUGGAUUCUGGAAUUUUGAAUCUCAAAAGUGAGAAAUUAAAUCCAGUCGAGUUCUUUGAAUUAUUUUUUGAUGAUGAAACAUUCAAGUUAAUUGUUGAUGAAACAAAUAAUUAUGCUUCUCAGAAAAAUGUCACCUUGGAAGUUACAGUUCAGGAAAUGAAGUGUGUUUUUGGUGUUCUUCUUUUGAGUGGAUAUAUUUGUCAUCCUAGGAGAGGAAUGUAUUGGGAAGCUUCAGAUAAAGAGCAGUGUCUUGUUAGUAAUGCAAUUAGAAGGGAAAGGUUUGAAUUAAUAUUUUCAUAUCUUCAUUUUGCAGAUAACAAUUGUCUAGAUCAAUCAGACAAGUUUACAAAAUUGAGGCCUCUUAUAGAUCAAAUGAAUAAAAAUUUCCUCUUAUAUGCUCCACUAGAGGAAUAUUACUGUUUUGAUAAAUCGAUGUGUGAAUGUUUUGAUAGUGACCAAUUCUUAAAUGGUAAACCUAUUAGAAUUGGUUAUAAAAUAUGGUGUGGGGCAACUACCCAGGGUUAUUUAGUUUGGUUUGAACCCUAUCAAGGUGAACCAAUCCUGAAAGCAGAUAAAGAUCAUGAUCUUGGUUUAGGUGGACAAUUAGUAAUGAACUUUGCCGAUGUUCUCUUGGAGCGAGGACAGUAUCCUUAUCAUAUAUGUUUUGAUAACUUUUUCACAAGUAUCAAACUAAUAUCUGCUCUGAAGAAAAAAGGGGUGAAGGCAACAGGAGCAAUCCGUGAUAAUAGGACUGAAAAAUGUCCUUUCAUGAAUGCAGAAAAUAUGAAAAAAAUGAAAAGGGGGUCCUUUGAUUUCAGAGUGGAAGAAAAGGAAGAGAUAAUUUUGUGUCGUUGGAAUGAUGAAAAUGCCAUCAACCUGUGCUCCAAUGCUGUAGGCAUAGAACCACUGAGUCAAGUAAGCUAUUGUGUUGAUGAAAAAAAAACGGUUCAAGUAAGUCAGCCAUCAAUAGUUAAGUUGUAUGAAGUAUGUAGGUAUGGUGUUGCCAAGAUGGAUCAAAAUAUUUCUAAGUACAGGAUAAGAAUUAGAAGCAAAAAAUGGUAUUCAAUUUUGGUAAGCUACAUUAUUGAUGUGGCCGUGAACAAUGCAUGGCACCUAUAUAGAGUAUGUUGCCCUGAUACUUCAUCAAGUCUUUUGGAUUUCCGAAGAUGCAUUGCACAUUUCUAUUUGAAGAACAAUGCUAAUCUAGCAGACUAAGCAAGAUAAAGCCAGCAAUCACAUAUAGAAAUAAAAAGUAAAUAUAUCAUGACUUCCCACUGAGAACAUCAAUACUUCAAUUUAUUGGAGUCACAAACUCAUUAAUUUAGCUACUUCCUCCAUCGUUACAUUCAAAUCAUCUUAACCUCUGUGAUUAAUUCCCCAUAGAGCACCUACCCAAUGCACUAGAAGCCUUCUAGUUCUUUUAAUCCUCCAAAGAAAUCAGUGUAUCAUUCACACUAUCCAUUAUCCCUUAAUAUGUAUUGGGACCAAGGACUUUUCCAGUGAUAUUAUACAUCAUGUAUAAUAUCUCUUAUAUCACUUCUUACAAACAAAUUAUUAUUGGCAAUAUGCUACAUCCUACUAAUAUGUGCUAUGUAUCUCUCCAUUGUCCGGAUUGUCUGCAAUAUUGAUUUUUUUCAAUAUUGUGGCUUUCUGUGAUUCAUAGCUAGUCAGUGUCAACAAGAGAAUAUUGAUGUUAAAAAGAUGGAUUUUUAUAUCAGAGAAUAACUUGGGAUCAUCAAAAGCACUGCCCACCUAAGAUAUAUAUGUAGUGGUAUACUAAAUCAGUAGGUUGCCCAUCCAAACUAUAUGCCAUCUUUUGAAUAAUAAACAUUUUUCACAAUUUUUGUUUUUCCUAUGUGAUUUCUUAGGUUUAAGAAGUCACAUACGUUUAUUUCUUUUUUUAAAGUUUUUUACUUUAUUGAGGAGCCCCCAUAAUAUUCUUGAGCUUGAUACAGUCAACACACUGUCAUCUACAAAUAGGGUAAUCUAGAACCCUUCUGUACAAGACAUCUUCUGUAAUAAUGGCAAACACCUUUGUUAUAUGUACAUCCAUUUUAGGCCUCAAUUGAUGUUGAUCAUCAUAGGAUCAUUGAACAAAACUAUCUUUGUGGUUCCAUUUUCUAGAUAAUCUUGUAUAAUUUUACCAUAUGCACAGGAAAGAGAUCUUUGAAGUCUAUAUUUUGAUCAGUCAGAGGCAUUAACAUCUUUUGGAAAGAUAGCUUUGAAGUCUAUGUAUAGCUCAGUAAGAUGCACUUUUGUAAUCAAUGAAUAAUAAUUAUAAUGGAAUCUUGUAUUCUUUUUACCUUUUAGUCAAUUGUGUGACUCUCGAUAUAUGGUCUACAGUAGGAAAAAAAUUUUCUGUAAGCCUGCCUGUUGCUUUAUUUUAUUUUCAUUGAGGCUGUACUAUACAUCUAUAUGAAUAUUUAUAUGUAUACACGUAUGUAUGUAUAGUAUACAUAUAUGCAUAUAUGUGUGUGUACAUAUAUAUUUAUAUAACAAAGAUAAAAAAGUAAAUAUGUAGUGAAAAGUUGUUGGUAUAUUCUGGAUCAUCUUUUUUAGGUAAGAGUAGCAGUAAUCCAAUUAUUUCUAAUCAUGUGCUAUAAUUCUCUUAUCUUAAAAAGUCAGUCCUUCAGACAAAAUAUAAUGACUUACAACCAAAAAUAGUCAAAAUUUUAUAUAAUCCUAUGGCGGAAUCCAAAUAUUCCUGAUGAAAAAGGCAGAGGUGACCAAAAUCUUUGAAAGGCAAAUAUGAGUCAAGAGAAAUAUAAAGUGGUAAAAUACACUUGAUUAAUUUUAAAACAUCAUAUGAUGAUUAAUUGCAAUGUAAUGGAGGAGAGGGGAAUGUCCUCUCAGAAUUCUGAUGACCUCAGUAAUUGCAGAGAAAGUUAAAUAAGUCAAGUAGAAGGCCUGUAGGAUUAUGUUUUCAUUUUAUUAGAAAAAGGAAAUAGGAAAGAUAGAGGAGUAAAGUAGGAGGUAGGGGAUGGCACUUAAUAUCUCUCACAAUAAAGGUUUAUGAAAUAAAGAUUAUAUGAAAAUGGAGAAAGGGAUGGGUGAAAUGGGCAUCCCAUGAACCAUACUUUCAUCUGAACCAGAGAAAAGAAGGUUGAACACACACAUUUAUUCCCACACACACAAAGGGUUUCAUAUAGAAAUAUAUUAAUGUCAGAGAAAUAGGAGGAAGUAUAAAAAGGAGGGAAGUAUAGGGAGGAAAUACUAAGCAAAAUAGAAUCCCAGCACCAGACAAUCCUGAAGAGGAAAUUUUAAAAAUCUGUAAUUGAGGGUACAAAAAAGGGAAGAGAGGAGAGGAAACAGAAUGGAAAAAUUGCUUCACAAUUAUAGAUCACCAGUGUUAAGCAAACUUCUUUCUUCAGCCAUCUUUUUUUGUGAAGAGGGACCUUGGAAACAAAGAAAAAUAAAAGUAUAAGAUUAAAGAUGUAGGGAAAUAUGCAACUAACAGUCAUAACAGUGAACAUGAAUGGGAUGAACUCACUCAUAAAGAGGAUAGAAUGGAUUAGAAUGCAGUGCCCAACAAUAUGCUACUUAAAAGAAAUACUCUUGAACACAAAAAUCCAGAGUUGAAAUCAGUGGCUACAGCAAAAUUCAUUAUGAUUCAGGUGAACUUUUAAAAAAAGGUUAUAUGGGGGGCAGCUAGAUGGCGCAGUGGUAAAGCACCGGUCCUGGAUUCAGGAGUACCUGAGUUCAAAUCCGGCCUCAGACACUUGACACUUACUAGCUGUGUGACCCUGGGCAAGUCACUUAACCCUCAUUGCCCUGCAAAAAAAAAAAAAAAAAAGGUUAUUAGACAUAAUAAGAAAUAAGCAAGGAAACAUGCAUAUACUUAAAGGUUCAAUUGAUAAUGAACUAGGGACCAAAUCAAGAUAGUGGAGUUAGAGGAAGUAUUUGAUUUUAGCUUGCCAACUAUCUUUUUUCUACAAUGAUCUACAAAUUCUUAUUGGGAAAGGCAAGAAAAAAACACAGGCAAUUUUCCAGCCCAGGGCAGCUUAUAAAGGCAGACAGAGUUCUGCAGAUACUGGGAAUGGUGUCAUAGAGUGCACAUAGGAGAUAUGCAAGUUCUGGAUACAGGAAUAGGUGCCAUCUACCAGCUUUGUCACCCAUUAUCCAGUUUUAGAUCACAUAUCUAGUAAGAAGUGUGACCGAAAGGGAGGGCCCUUACCAUGAACUGAGAAAGGAACAAAUUAUGGAGGCAAACAGCAGCUGUGUGGCUGUGAUCCAAGGUCAAUAAACAGACCUCUCCCUGGAUCACAUUACUUCAGGAGCAUUGAAAGUUUGCUGAUCCCCAGACUGACCUGUGAAAGCAACUGAAGGACAUAAAAGGUCAGAAAGUCAAGUCAGACAAUCUUCCCAGAAGUGGACACAGUCUAGCACCAACAUAAAGUCCAAAGUGAACAAGUAGGCUGGAAAAAUGAGCAAAAAAAAAAGAAUU